UUUCAAAUCAAUGGUUGUUUUUACAUAUACACUAGUCAACAUUUGAAGCGGAUCAAAAAGUUCAUUAAGUUCACAAGAACAGGUAUUGGUUUUAAGACAACUAUUAUGAAAGGUUUUGAUCCUCUUAAAAUUUUGACUAGUGUAGUUUGAUGGUACAAAUCAAACUGUGAUGGCACGGGGCCUCAAAACAUUGAUUUUGGAAAUUGCAUACAUUGUGAUCCGUACAUGUGCCACUGUGGUGAUUACCUGGUGCAUGAAUGGCCAAAACGUCUCCAGUUGAGUCCGCAGCUUAUGCCAGCGGAGAGUGAAGACUGUUGUGCAUUGUUCAGAGCAACUACAGGGCCACAGUGCAGCAAAUCACCAGCAACACGUUACAUGUGCCCAUUUCAUGCUAGUGAUUUGUUGCACUGUGGUCCUGCGGUCCCUGUGAAAAAUGCACAACAGUCCCCCCUCUGACAAUAAUGCACUGCGGACAUAAAACAAGUCUGUGCACCACUUUAAAUGCAUACUAUAUAUAGUGGCACAUGAACAACCCACAAAGCCCCAUGCCAUCUCUGUUUGUCCGAUAUUAAACUUCAAUAAAUCUGCAGCUUGGGAAUAGGCAAUUUUGCCAAAAAAUUACAGCUGCAUGAAAAGUGUUCAUCCUGUAACCUGUGGACAUUGGCUUAUCUUCUAGGUGACAGUAGCUGUGAAACUUCGUUUUAUGACCAUGACUGGCAUUAUAGUUUUGAUGUUCCAUGGCAAAAAAUGCCAGCAAGUUUUAUGGGAAAGUUGCAAAAUGGCGAAAGGCCAAGUUGCUCUGAGAGAAGACAGUUGGUCCGCAUUGUUGCUUCUGAGAUCCUGGAAGUCAGCAAAUGUCCAGCAAAAAAACAUGUACUGUAUCAGAAAUAGCCCGACAAAUGGUGAUUGCAUACCCAAAGUCUUUCAGAGAUGAGAUUAAUUCCCAGGUUGUAGGAAGUGGAUAUGAUUCUCUCCUCAAACAACUGGUGUGUAGAAUUGACAAUUUGAAAAGAGCAAAAGCUAUUAGUAUACCACUUUGUGGUACUCUAUCAACAAAGAAACGAAAAUUGUUAUAUGGUUGUAUAAAUUCUGAUCCACAACUGCUAGUUGGAGAAACAUCCGAAUUGCAGCAGGAAAAGAAAGAGAAGUUGGUAGUAAUGUUUCAUAAUAAUGAAAGUGAUGUAAAGACAAUCUAUGACUUAAUGACUUCUACAUACACCCCUCAAAGAAACAACAUCCAAUCUGGAAAGGAAACCAAAGAUUUACUUGAUGAGUGGCCGUAUCUUUUUCAGCCAGCAGGAAUGAAAGCACACUUUAAAGAGCUCACUGGCAUUGACAUAAACAACAGCUUUGAAGAAUCUGCUUCCAGUAAGUUCAGAAGAAUAUUGGACUACUUUCAAUUUCAGUGCACAGAAAGAGCAAGCAGAGCAGGGAGAAUCCUCACAAAGUAUAGAGCUGGAGGGGAUCAUGUUUGUGGGGCCGUGAUGUUGCUGCUAACCCAUUUCAAAAAUGACCAAGACCACUUUCUUGUGAUGGUAGAAGACACCUCUGUUCCAAGUGAUAUAUGCUCAGAACAGCUUCCAGCAACACCAUGUAUAGUAGUGUGUGGAGAGAACCCACUGACAGCCAGUGUGUACAUGGUAGCAGUAGACCAGAUGAUUGUAAAUGACCAUCUCUUGAGUUUUACAGAAGCCCUGUAUCUGAUGUUCUCUCUUUACUAUAUAUUGAACAUCAGUUACCCUGUAGAACUGGGAGCCACACUAGAAUUCUUGCAAAGUGCAUCUUUAGGAUAAAUCCUCAUAAAGGUACCAAGGUGGAAAAGAGAGAGAAAAAGAGAGUGUACUCUGUCAACCCCAGAGUAUUGAGUCUGACAUCAAAAAUUGCUGCAUUUGAUUGGGGAGAGUAACAGGUAUAGAAGCUCUGUUGUCUUGUAUAGUAGUGGUAGACUUCAUCUUCUGUGUUUAUCAUUCAUCGAUGAUAAAGUGGACCAAAGGACAAUCAUUUUUAGAAUUAACUCCAAUAAAUGUGAUGUAAUUGUCUGUGGCCAAAACUGAGAGUAUUUGGUUAAGGCUUGUUGCUGUCUCUGCUCUUCUUUUGGUUUGGGUUUUAAUUGUAACUGUUUGUGUCCCCACAGAUGUGGUCUUUCAGAAGAUUGGCAUUUCGCUGAAGAACAGGACAGACCGACUUUUUGUACUUCAGUGCAGCGCUUUGUUGCUUAAAUCAUUUUUAUUACCUUGUGACGUGAUUAGGAUUUAGUUUAAAUUUAUUUAUUUAUUUGAUUGGGACAGUGCAUGUUAAUGAACAAACAUGGAAUACAUGCAUGUAAACAUGCUGGAUUGUAGCCAAAGGCUAAUUUCCAUCCGUAGUCCCACGGCUAAAAUCACACUGGUCACAAAACAUUACAUAAUAAAAUUUACAUCUACAGUUAGUACAUUGUUUAUCAAUAAAUUAGCUAAAGCCCCGUAUACAAUAUUCACAUAAUACUUGAAAAUUCAUUCAACUUCAAAAUUAUCAGAAUCCAGGCCCAGUGUUUUUGUUUCUUUUAAACACAUUUGUGUUCUGAAACAUGCUUUAUCCAUUUUCUCCAUGUGACAUGUUCAGGAUUAUCAGAAUUA